GUGAUUUUACAAGCGCUCCGCCUCUUCUUUUUUGAACGAAUGAGAGAAAGCAAAAGGUGGGCUUUUACACAUGACAGCCAAUGAGGUGUGUCGUUAGCAAACCCGUCUUAGCAUUAGUUGCAUCCGGGUGAGGACUUUGAGGUUUUUCCUUAGAAGCUGUCAGCUCUCGGUCUACAGGAUGUACGGAUCGCUUCGGGUGCUGCUUCAGGUGCUGUGGGCCCAGCUGCUUUGUGGGUGGGUACUCGGCUCCGAGCUAACUUUUGAGCUGCCAGACAACGCCAAGCAGUGUUUCUACGAGGACAUCAUCAUCGGCACCAAAUGCACCCUGGAGUUUCAGGUGGUAACUGGGGGUCACUAUGAUGUGGACUGCCGUUUGGAGGACCCAGAUGGAACAACACUCUACAAAGAGAUGAAAAAGCAAUAUGACAGCUUUACCUUCACCGCAGCCAAGAAUGGCACCUACAAGUUUUGCUUCAGCAAUGAGUUCUCCACUUUCACGCACAAGACGGUUUACUUUGACUUCCAGGUUGGCGAUGACCCUCCCCUCUUCCCCAAUGAGAACAGAGUCACUGCUCUCACUCAGAUGGAGUCGGCCUGCGUGUCCAUCCAUGAGGCUCUGAAGUCGGUAAUCGACUAUCAGACGCACUUCCGCCUCCGUGAGGCCCAGGGACGCAGUCGUGCAGAGGACCUAAAUACCCGCGUUGCUUUCUGGUCAAUCGGUGAAGCCAUUAUCCUUCUGGUGGUCAGCAUCAGCCAGGUGGUCCUGCUGAGAAGCUUCUUCUCUGACAAGAAGACCACGACAACACGUGUCGGGUCAUAACAGCCUCUGAGAUCCCCGAUCUGAUUCAUCACUUUCUUUGUCUGUUCUUGGGCUUGUGUGUAUGGAGUGCAUAGGAACAGCAGCGCUGAUCGGAAAUUUAAUCAUAUCAAGUGGCCAGGUCAUACAAUCUGACGUGGCUUCUUAAUUCAGCACAGCUGUUCUAAAACUUCAUGCAAAUUAGUCUUGACAAGAAAACUAGUUGUGGGUUAAAAAAAAAAAUGUUUUUGAGGCGUAAAAGGAAAAAAAAAACAGGAGGAAGACUUGAUUGUGUUGCUUGUAACUAUCUGGAUUUGAAGCAGUUCAAGCACUGGCCAUAUAGUUAAAGACAAAUUUUAAGUCAGUUGAAUAUUUGAAAUAAUUUCUAAAUGUGUUUUAAGUGUGUCCUUUUCUGACUUCUGUCUCCAUGAUCUGUUCUGCUUUUCAUCCCCGACUGCUCCAAAAAUAAGCACCUGAGUGGACAUUUGGACUAAAUGUAUUCAUAUUGUAAGGAUACUGCAGAUAUUUCUUUAUCUGCAGAGCACUAGUUGUCAAAAGCUACACUCACAAUGCAAAGGUUGUAUUUGUUUAUAAAGAAACUGUUGCAUUUUUCUGUGUUACUAAACCUCACUUUAUUAAGUGAGAAAUGGUAGAUGUGUUUGUUUUGAUCAGCUUUGUCAUUUUAGAUAGUCAUUAGAAAGGAGUUUGCUGUGCUCUUCGGAGAGUAAAAAAAUCUUUUAAUCCAAUAUUAGCUUGAAAGAAGAAGGUUCAGAAGGUUGUUGAGUUGAAGAAUUGAAGUUAAAAUGCAGAAGGUAUACCAUGAGUGACUGCAAACCCAAUUCCUUAAA